AUGUCUCAGAGCAGGCAUCGUGCUGUGGCUCUGCCACUGGAGCGCGAGGACAGCGGGACCUUCAGUUUGGGGAAGAUGAUCACAACUAAGCCAGGGAAAACACCAAUUCAGGUAUCACAUGAAUACAGCAUGAAGACCAAGAAUAUCCCAGUUUAUGAAUGUGAAAGAUCUGAUGUGCAAAUACAUGUGCCCACUUUCACCUUCAGAGUAACCGUUGGUGACAUAACCUGCACAGCUGAAGGUACAAGUAAGAAGCUAGUGAAACAUAGAGCUGCAGAGGCUGCCAUAAACAUUUUGAAAGCCAGUGCAAGUAUUUUCUUUGCAAUUCCUGAUCCCUUAAUGCCUGACCCUUCCAAGCAACCAAAGAACCAGCUUAAUCCUGUUGGUUCAUUACAGGAAUUGGCUAUUCAUCAUGGCUGGAGACUUCCUGAAUAUACCCUUUCCCAGGAGGGAGGGCCUGCUCAUAAGAGAGAAUAUACCACAAUUUGCAGGCUAGAGUCAUUCAUGGAAACUGGAAAGGGGGCAUCAAAGAAACAAACCAAGAGAAAUGCUGCUGAGAAAUUUCUUGCCAAAUUCAGUAAUACUUCUCCAGAGAACCACAUUUCUUUGACAAAUGUGGUAGGACAUUUUUUAGGUUGUACUUGGCGUUCCUUGAGGAAUUAUUCUGGUGAAAAGAUCAACUUACGGAAAAGAGGCCUCCUCAGUAUUCCAAAUACAUAUUAUAUCCAGCUGCUUAGUGAAAUUGCAAAGGAGCAAGGUUUUAAUAUAACAUAUUUGGAUAUAGAAGAACUGAGUGCCAACGGACAGUAUCAAUGUCUUGCUGAAUUGUCCACCAGUCCCAUCACAGUCUGUUAUGGCUCGGGGAUCUGCUGUGGCAGUGUGCAGAGUGAUGCAGCUCACAAUGCUCUGCAGUAUAUAAAGAUAAUAGCAGAAAGAAAGUAAACGUGGAACAACGUAGAAAACCCUUUAGUAGCACAUAAGAAGUUCCCUUUUCUCCCCUUUCCAAUUAAAACAUUUACUAUAAUGUUUGAGUUUGUGUGUUGGUUCUAAAUCUCUUCAUAGAUUCCAUCAACACUCCAGAUUUAAUUAUCUUCUGGUAGUUGUUAUUAAGAUGUUUUUAAUGGCUUCGACUUUGUAUUGGUAUACUGUAUUUAUUUGUACCAUAGCAGAGUGUAGCACCCAUUUUACAAUGCCAUGUACAUAGAAGGAAAAAACUGCAUGAUUGUUGUUGUUGAGGAGGAGGAUAAAAUAAAACUGCUAACAACAGUCUUUCCUACUGGUGCUUAACCUCUUCUUUGUGCAAGGCUUUGUAAAGGGAUUUCGAAGGAAGCCCCUUAGAAUUAGUGUUGAGGAAUGCACUAACAGGUUUUAAUUGAAUGUGAUUGUUAAAUUUCAGGGAACAUGAUUGGUAUGCUGUGUAUUUGAAUCCAUGUAAUAAAGA